CAUACAUAUAAACGAUAAAUUGUCAUAAAAGGAAAAAUUUGUUUAUCAGAUUAAAAUAGCGUUAUUUCGUUUGGAAGAUUUACAGUGUAACCGGCUUCAAAAUCACGGGAAUUAAAUGCGUUUUUACAAAUUGAGGUAAAUUGACCAGUCAACAAACCCCGAAUUUGGCCAAAGAUAUAAUUAUUUUUAUCAGAUUAAAGUUGUACUUAAAUUUGUGUUCUUUUUUCAGAUUUUCUUAUAAAACUUUUUCAAGAAUCAAGAACAUAAUCAAAGAUGAACUCCUUUAAUACCAUUACGCAUUUUAAACGAUUCCAAAAGUUGUUGAUCAUUCCGUUGAUAGCAACAGUUCUGGUCCUUUAUUCUAUUUUUAUUAUUAUUAAUACACCUCAAACAUCAUCAGCAGAAUUAAUGAUUGACACACCUCAGACAUCAACAGAGACUGUGAUGCGAGAAUAUAUUGAAAAAUUACCUUUACUCUGGGACAGUGGAGGUUGGAGUAUAGUAGAUAUACAACAAAGAAAAAGAGAACCGGCAAACCAUUUUCAACAACUUAGAAAUAUUUCUAUUCAUUUACCAGAAGGUCAUCUAUUCGGAAAAUUAGAACCUAGUUCAGAAAAUAGAACAACUAAUUCUAAUAUUAUUAUAUAUAAUAGGGUACCAAAAUGCGCCUCUACUUCAAUUAAUAAUCUGAUAGGCAAACUGUCCAAAUUAAACAGAUUUGGUGUCCAGCAUUCUUCUGUUUAUCAUAUUAAAGUGACAAGUUUUGAGGAAAACAUCAAACUGGCUUCAUCCUUCAGGAAAAUUAGUGAAUCAGGAGAGAAGGUCGUCUUUGAUCGACAUUUUUACUACGUGGACUGGAAACGGUUAGGCAUACAACCGAUACUCAUUAAUAUGAUUCGUGAACCAGUGGAACGUGUUAUUUCACAAUUUUAUUAUCUUCGAAGCAAAGGAAGAUGGAAUAAAUUGGUGGAAAGACCUGCUAGAAGUUGGUUUGAAAAGGAUUUAGAAGUUUGUGUGUUAAACCAAGAUCCUGAAUGUCAGUAUGAUAAAGUUCAAGAGUUGCAGAUAACCUACUUCUGUGGAACUGAAUGGGAAUGCGGAGAUGGUCAAUCUUGGAAAGCAUUACAGAAAGCAAAGUACAACAUUGAGCAUGAAUAUAGUGUAGUUGGUAUCUUAGAGAACUUUAACGCAUCACUUGCAGUUUUGGAAGCAUUCAUUCCAGGAUUCUUUGCCGGUGCUUCCAAAAUUUCAGAAAGAAAAAGAAGCUCUGACCAUAAUUCUAAUCCGCAUCCUAGACCCUCUUCUACAGUUAUUCAAGAGAUAAGGAUAAGAUUGGGUAAUGAGCUGGAACUUUAUAACUUUAAUAUUGUCAGGAUAAGAUUGGGUAAUGAGCUGGAACUUUACAACUUUAAUAUUGUCAGGAUAAGAUUGGGUAAUGAGCUGGAACUUUACAACUUUAAUAUUGUCAGGAUAAGAUUGGGAGAUAUCCACGCUGAACCUGGAUCUGGUUACAUUAAAGGAGAUAUACACGCUAAACCUGGAUCUGGUUACAUUAAAGGAGAUAUCCACGCUGAACCUGGAUCUGGUUACAUUAAAGGUCUCAAAUGA